AUGCUACAAGCGCAGAGCCAACACGUUUUUUCCCACCAGCAGCAGUACCCGCAGGCUGACCCCUCAUGGCUGCAGCAUCAACAACAACAUCAGCAGCAACAGCAGCAGCAACAACAGCAGCAGCAACAACAGCAACAGCAGCAGCAGCAACAGCAUCAAGCGCAGCCACACCCCCAGCACCAACAGCAUGCCUCCUUGGUCGCUCAGCAGCACGCCCACGUCCAGGCCGCGGCAGCCGCGGCGCAGCAACAACACUAUGGCCGCCUAGCAAUGGGUGGUAAUGGAACCGCAAACCCCGCGCAGGGUGCUGGAGGUGCCUCUGGAAUAGGCGGAGAGGGUUUGGCGAAUGCGGUCUCCGUCAUGGAUGGUGGGAUCAGCGAGGAGAACCGCAAGGUCUUCAUCUGGGUCGCCGAGCUCCUUGACCCGGCUCGCAGAGAGGCUGCUCUAAUGGAGCUGAGCAAGAAGCGUGAACAGGUUCCUGAGUUGGCCCUGGUGAUUUGGCAUUCCUUCGGUGUCAUGACUGCCCUGCUCCAGGAGAUCAUUUCCGUUUACCCCCUAUUGAACCCCUCUCAGUUGACUGCUGCUGCAUCAAAUCGUGUCUGCAAUGCGCUGGCGCUCUUGCAGUGUGUCGCAUCUCACAACGAGACUCGGACGCUCUUCCUGAACGCCCAUAUCCCCCUAUUCCUAUACCCAUUUCUCAACACGACCUCAAAAUCGCGCCCGUUUGAAUACCUGCGCCUCACCUCGCUGGGCGUUAUCGGAGCGCUGGUCAAGAACGACUCGUCAGACGUGAUCAACUUCCUCCUCACUACCGAAAUUAUCCCUCUCUGCCUUCGCAUUAUGGAGACUGGCUCGGAGCUGAGCAAGACCGUCGCAAUUUUCAUCGUUCAGAAGAUACUCCUCGACGAUAUCGGUCUGGCAUACAUCUGCGCGACAUACGAACGGUUCUACGCUGUGGGUACGGUCCUCAGUAACAUGGUGACACAGUUGGUGGAGCAGCAAACGGUCCGACUUCUCAAGCAUGUUGUGCGCUGUUUCCUUCGAUUGAGCGACAACAGCCGAGCUCGUGAGGCAUUGCGGCAAUGUCUACCAGAGCCGCUCCGAGACGCCACAUUUUCGUCUGUUCUGCGCGAUGAUGCAGCCACCAAGCGCUGCCUGGCCCAGCUUUUGAUCAACUUGUCGGAUAACGUUUCCGAUGGAGCCCAGGCGGCCAUGUAA